AGAAAAUCAAUUUUAAAAUAAGGCUGUAACUUAACAAAAUGUGGAGAAAGUCAAGGGGUCUGAAUACUUUACGAAUGCACUGUACAAACAUCACAUUGAAUAUUCACCUCACUUUUGAAAAGCUCCAUGAGGAAGAAAGGCUUCCUAGAUGAUCUUUUAGAUGUUCUGUCUUCAGGAUGUUCUGGGUUGAUGGCUGUUUGAGAGGGAGGGGCAGUUGAGUGAGCUGGGGCCUUUUAUUGCCCUGCCUCUGGGAGCCUGACAGCUUGUGACAUGAUGAGAGAGUGGAAGAGGGUCUACCUGUAAGAUAUUCAGGUAGGUGAAUUUAACAAUGACUUGCAGGCAGUUGGUUUAGAAUAACUGAUGACCAAAAAUGAAUACAGAUUAUACCACCACUCAAAAGGGCACUUCAGAGACUGGAAGGGCAAAGGGGCCUGUGCUCUACAAAGGUAGAGCCCUGUCUGUCCACGUCCUAUCUGUCCUUAAACAAAGUGGGCACUGCUUCAUGUGGCAACAGCAACACUCACCUAAAUAGCCCAUAUGUCACUGGGUGAGUUUUCAUUAUUUUUGGGCAGCAUUAUAUGAGGUGUUAUUUGUUGUUAGCGAUGGGCUUUGGUCAAUUUAGCUUGGAAUAUGCUACCAUUGUCAAUCUGUCACCUAAUCCUACCUAAUGAGCAGGCCAAACCUGGAGGAAAGUAUUGGCUGUAAGAAGGAAGAGAAGACAUAACAUCUGUUUCUUUUUAAAUGACUUCUUAUGACAUUGCUUGCCAGAAUAAACAUUAAUUAAUAUUUUUCCAAACUGCGCUACCCACUCCAGAUGGCGAUAUGAGUUUUUGAGGUGAUGCUUCUUGUGUGACGUAUAAACUAGUGGACGGAACUGGAGGCUUCUUCAACAGCGACAAAAGGCUUUCUGAUUCAACCAACGUGGUGGUUUGCUAGCGAACAUUAAACCGAAACAUUGAAGCGUUUAAGAAAAAUCUUGUGUAUAUUAUUCUUAGUGUUCUAAGCACAAUUCUAUGUACAUAUCUACUCGUUCAUUGAAACGUAGAUUGCUUGUUAAAUUAGCUAAUGUGGUAAAUUGAUACUGCACUAGGCUAAUCGCCCGGAACAUGAGCUCACUAAUCUCGACGGAGAAAGAAGCUUUCAGGAUGAAAAGGGAGGAAGAGGAGGCUAUCACAUUGAAAGAAGAAGAGGAUGAUAUUACAGUGAAAGAGGAAUAUGGAAAAGAGGUUGUCAGAGUGGAAGAGGAGGAGGUAGAAGCUUUCAGAAUCAAAAAGGAGGAAGAUGCCGUAAUAUUGAAAGAAGAGGAAGAAACUUUUGGAGUAAAAGAGGAAGAGGCUAUCUCAAUUAAAGAGGAGGAGGAAGACAUUUUGGGAGUGAAAAGGGAUGAGGCUGAAGAUUCGAUUAAGACCAGAGAGAGACAUGACUUUCGUGGAUCCUCUGGGGAGCCUCAACAACAUCCUGAUGCUGACGAAGUAGAGAGUUGUUCCAGAUCAGAACACCAGAUGGACAACGCUAGCCCUUCCUCUCUCCCGGAGUCCCCGUGUCGUGCCUCUCCCGGUAUUGGCUUACUGUUGGGUAGGAAGAGGUUGUCUGUGCUGCUGGUGGACUGCAGGAAAACAACGGGGCUGAGUGGAACUGUGAGAGGAGGAGAAGAGAAGAAAGGAUCAGAUUUGACUCAUCAAAGAGAAAGACCAGACUCAGAGGAACCAGAGCCAGGGACGUCCAAACCAGCAAGAAGACACCAGUGCUCUUACUGUGGAAAGUGUUUUAACAAGUUAGGGGUCCUGAAACAACAUGAGACAAUACACACAGGGGAGAAGCCUUACCACUGCUCCAAGUGUGGAAAGUGCUUCAACCGGUCAGGACACCUGAAAGCUCAUGAGCUAGUACACACAGGGGAGAAGCCAUACCACUGCUCCCAGUGUGGCAAGUGUUUCAACCAGUCAGGGGAUCUGAAAAAACACGAAAGAAUACACACAGGGGAGAAGCCGUACCGCUGCUCCCAGUGUGGAAAGUGUUUCAGCUGUCCAGGGAAUCUAAAAAACCACAAAAGAAUACACACAGGGGAGAAGCCUUACCACUGCUCCCAGUGUGGAAAGUGUUUCGGCUGGCCAGGGAAUCUAAAAAAACACGAAAAAAAUACACACAGGGGAGAAGUCUUACCACUGCUCCCAGUGUGGCAAGUGUUUCUACAAGUCAGGGAACCUGAAACAACAUGAGAGAAUACACGCAGGAGAGAAGCCACUGCUUACCACAAUUCUCCCAGUGUGGAAGGAGUUUUAACCAGAAAAAACAGCCUGAACCAACAUGAGAAAAUACACAAAGGGGAGAUGCAUUACCAUUCCUCCCAGGGUGCAAAGCUUUUGCCCAUUUAGGAAGCCUGAAAAAACAUGACAUAGAGGAGAAGGCUUUACAGAAGAUUAGACUUUGAGAAAACAUAUUACUCAUAACAAUCACUUAAACGUCAUUAGAGAAUCCACACAGGAGAGAGAAAUGACUUCUCUUAGCGCGUAAUUCCACUACCCAAGACCUAUAAGCUUGCUGCCAGCUCUUAGCAAACUGUUGGAAAAAAUUGUGUUUUACCAAAUACAAUGC